AUUUCUUCUUUUUCUUAAUUCCUUUCCCCUCUUCGGCCACACGUGACCCUUCCCACGAAGACUCUGCCAGCAUAUCCCAACGGUCUUCAGUUCCGCCCGAAGUGCCGUCCGACGACCCCGCAGUUCUCUGCUUUCCACCAACGUCAGACCACUACCGCCGCUACCAACAGGCGCCUUCCCCACGCGUUUCUGUGUCAGAUCUGACCAGUCCAUUCAGUCUCCGUUCGUCGCAGAUCUACAACGCCGCCGACCGUCUCUGGUUGACACCGUAGCACGUCGCCGCUUUGGGGGAGUGUCGCUGAUCUAGUGCCGUCGCCACUGCUACCUUGGGUUAUUUCGGGAACCUUGAUUUUAGGUUGGAGUUUGGACAAUGCUUUCUGGAGUGAAACUUAUUGCUCGGGAUAAAGUUAUUGAGCUGCUACAGUUUGCGCAUUAAGGGAUGUUUAAGGAGAAUGAAGUGCACAUACUUAUGAGGAUAACUAAUCAACCACUACCAAAAUGGUGCAUACCCGUCAGAUUUUGAGUAAUCAGAAACAAAAGAAUAGGGGGAAGUCAACUCGUUACAGUAGUUCAGAUGAGGAGUAUCAUGUCACAAAAAAGAAGAAAUUUGAGAGGAAAAAAUUGGAAUCAUCAAAGGACUAUUCAACAUCUUCAACUGAUAGUGAGAUGACUGAAGACUCUUGCUGGGAUGAGAAGAAACAUCGUUCAAGAAGAGCAAGUAAGAGGAACAAGAAUAACAGUUCAUCUGAUGAAAAUGAUGGUAGAGUGAAAAUGAAAUCAAGGAGUGACAAGAACACUUUGGCUGGGGAGUAUUCUUCAUCUACUGAUAGUGAUAACAGCUCUAGUGAUAUUCGUGAAAAGAGACGGAAGCACAGGAGAAGAGAUGAUAGAAAACAGGGUAAGAAAAGAAAAAGUCAACACCUUAGAGAAGAUAUGUUUGAUGGCAUCAGAGACACUUCUAAAGAUGACAAAGAAAUUGUUAGAAAAGAAAUGGGGUUGGAAUGGAUGCUUAAACCCCAAGAAAAGAUGCAGAGAGGCUUAGAUGAAUGUGUUGAUAACCAACAAGAAGAAGAAGAAGCUCUUGAGGAAAUAAAUAAGGUCAAUCCCAGGGAAUUAAAUCCAUAUUUUAAAGAAAAUGGAACUGGUUAUCCAGAGAACAGUGAUAGACUUAAAUCAGAUACAGACAAACUUCCACCACCUCGAGUUGUUGGGGAUGGGGGGGCUAGUUGGAGACUUAAAGCAUUGAAGCGGGCUGAGGAGCAAGCAGCUCGAGAUGGACGGAGACUUGAAGAGGUUGUUGAAGAACGUUGGGGUUCUCUUGGCCACCUUGCUGUCUCUGUAGCAGCCAGUAAGGUGGCACCGUCACGUUCUCAUUUGCAUGCUAUAAGAGAUAGAAAGAGAGUGCUAACCAGUCAUCAACCAUCAGAUAGUCAAAAUGAAAGUGAUUCUGGAAAGAGCUCUGCCAGGAACCACUUGAAGGGCAUUUCUUCCAGAAAUCCUGAAAUGAAGGAGCCUAAAGUUCGAGAUUCUUUAUCAUGGGGAAAGCAAAAAAGUCAAAAUAUUUCUUCAAGAGAUGCUGGCUUCAUUUCUGCAGCAGUCUCCAGUUUAAAUAAGUUCUCAGAUGAUGGAAGUUUUGCAUCUGAGUUUCUCAGACAACAACGUGAAAAUACUAAAGGUGAUUCAAUUAAGACAAAGGUGAAAUCGGAAUUGGUUGUCUCAACAUCCGAGAAGUGUAUUGAGGAUUGUGUUUCAACCAAGGAUGCAAUGAGUGCAAACCAGUUGGCUGCAAAGGCAUUUCAACUUCAAAUAAAAGGAAAACAUGAAGAAGCUCAAAAACUUUUGCAAGAAGUACAAAAUAUGAAGGCAACCAAUAAUGUUGAAGUGAAUCCCAUGAAGCCACAAGUUGAACGAAUCUCUGCUAGAAAAAAUUUUCCAGGUAUAUCUAAGAGGAAUAAGGAGGAUGAUACAGAUCUUUAUCUAGCUAAAAAUAUAAUGCAGAACAAGCAGUACAGCAUGUCGGGUCGGGUAGAUGAUGAAUAUGAUUAUGAACAUGCAAGAAGAACGAAUCAAAGAAAAAGGGAAAGUAAUGAUGAUAAGCUAUCUGCAAAGGAUAUUCGUCCAAGGCAUAUGGCAACUCAGGAAGAACGCUGCAUCUUUUGCUUUGAAAAUCCUAACAGGCCAAAACAUUUGACUGUGUCAAUUGCAAAUUCCACUUAUUUGAUGCUGCCUCAGUGGCAGCCUGUGGUUGCUGGCCAUUGCUGCAUUUUACCUAUUUCACAUGAAUCAGCCACGAGAGGUGUGGAUAAAACUGUGUGGGAGGAAAUUCGCAACUUCAAGAAGUGUCUGAUAAUGAUGUUUGCAAAGCAAGACAAAGAUGUGGUUUUUCUCGAAACAGUUGUGGGCUUGGCAAAACAACGUCGACAUUGUAUGAUUGAGUGCAUUCCUUUGCCUCAAGGAAUAGCAAAAGAGGCUCCUCUAUAUUUUAAAAAGGCUAUUGAUGAAGUAGAGGAAGAAUGGAGUCAACACAAUGCGAAGAAACUUAUAGAUACAAGUGAAAAGGGAUUGCGUGGAUCAAUCCCAGAGAAUUUUCCAUACUUCCAUGUUGAAUUUGGGUUGAACAAGGGGUUUGUGCAUGUGAUAGAUGACGAAAAUAAUUUCAAGACCGGCUUUGGUCUGAAUGUUAUAAGAGGCAUGUUGCAGCUAGCUGAGGAAGAUAUGCACCGACGCCGUAGAUACGAGUCUGUUGAGGUGCAAAAGCAUGCAAUGGCAAACUUUUUAAAAGAUUGGGAGCCUUAUGAUUGGACAAAACAAUUAUGAAUUGUCUGUACAAUUUUCUUGUUUUGUUGCUACUGUAUUUAACUUCUAAUAUAGUGUCAAUUAUCAGCGUGGUCUUAAAUGGAUUUCAAGAGGUAUGUGCUCUCUCGGUUACUGUCUCCCA